AUGUCCAAUAGCCAAGAUUCCGAAGAGAGCAUUGAUGUUUCUAGUCAAUGUGUGCAACAAACGACAAGCGAAUCUCAAACCAAUGGACACGCUGUGGACGCGCCAAAUACCGGCACAAGCGAACAACAUUCUGAUAAUACAGAGAGCGAACGGAAAUCGGAGUGUGAUAUGGGAAGAUAUUCAAAGCAUGAGAUUACCGAGAAAACCCAGGCUCUCGUCGCGGCUGCUGGGAGCCAGACACCGUACCCGCCGAGCAAGAAUGCCCAAGGGCAAUCUCCCUCAGCCAAUAUCCACGAACCAGUCUACGAGGUUUUCCCGGCCUGCCCAGAACUCAUGAGACUAAAGGAAGAGACAAAACAAACUGAGGUAUUACAUGAUGCUUUCCUACUUCUAAAUCACUAA